CGGAAGUGAGACGCGCGAGGGCGGGCCAGGGGCCGCGCCCGCGCGCGUCCUUGUCCGGCGAGCUCGCUGGCGGCUGCGCCGUUGCUCGCCCGAGUGCGCAUGUGCGGCGUGAGCGUGCGAUUGGAGGAAAGGCGGAAUGCAGGGGACGCAGCAGUUGCUCAAGGUGUUCGUGACCCGGCGGAUCCCGCAGGAGGGCAUGAGGGUCCUGAACCAGAGCGGCCUGUGCAAGGUAUCGCUGUGGGACUCGGAUGAACCCAUCCCGCGUACCGACCUCCUGCAGGGCGUGUCGGGGGCCCACGGGAUCCUCUGCCUCCUGUCGGACCGCAUCGACGCCGAGGUUAUAAACGCAGCAGGGCCGAACCUGAAAGUGAUCAGUACUUUAUCCGUGGGGUUUGACCACCUGGCCGUUGGCGAAAUCAAAAAACGCGGCGUUCGCGUGGGAUACACUCCGGACGUUCUCACGGAUGCCACCGCGGAGCUGACCGUGGCUUUGCUGCUGGCCACGGCGCGCCGGAUCCCGGAGGGGGUCGAAGAGGUGAAGAACGGUGGGUGGAGCAGCUGGAAACCCUUGUGGCUGUGCGGCUACGGACUGUCCGGCAGCACGGUGGGAGUCAUCGGCCUGGGACGCAUCGGCCUGGCCAUCGCGCGCAGGCUGAAGCCCUUCGGGGUGAAGAGGCUGCUCUACUCGGGACGGACGUCCAAGCCUCAGGCUGCCGAGGUGGACGGGGAGUUCGCGUCUCUGGACCGGCUGGUUUCCGAGAGCGACUUCGUCGUCGUGUCCUGCUCCCUCACCCCCGAAACCCAGGGCCUGUGCGACAAGGCUCUCUUCAGCAAGAUGAAGAAAACUGCCGUCUUUGUCAACACUAGCAGGGGAGCCGUGGUGAACCAGGAGGAUCUGCACGAAGCGCUUUCGAGCGGUCGGAUCGCGGCUGCCGGGCUGGACGUCACCACCCCCGAGCCCCUGCCCACGGACCACCCCCUGCUCAAGCUCAAGAACUGCGUGAUCCUUCCCCAUAUUGGCAGCGCCACCUACUCCACACGGGGCAUCAUGGCGGAGCUGUGUGCCAACAACCUGCUGGCUGGCCUCACCGGGAGCGCGAUGCCCAGCGAACUCGCCCUCUAGGACCCGAUGCUACUAAAGACUUCUAGUGCCAUGGUAGACGGCGGGUUUAUUAACUUUCCAUGCAGUAUAGUGCUGUACUAAAACAUUAAAAAUGAUUGAGUAACUCCACGGUAUAUCAGCCAGAAUUACUACGCUCCGUAGCCGGAGUUGAGUCGAACCUUCGUCGGAUGCACAGGUGAGAUCGUUUUCGGGAUGAAUAGAUACGGCGUCCCGGCAGCGCGAACCAUGGGUCGUGUCGCGGCUGGGAAAAAGGCAAGGGAACCGAAUACGAGCGUACGUGUCCCGGCGACGGCAUCGGUCUGCACGUUUCUGCGGUCUGACGCGCAACGGCGAAUUUCAAUAAUCUACUCCGCGCUCCGACUGGAAACAAUUCGUUUAUGAAAGUAUACACUCCAAGUUCACGCGACUGAAAAGUGCUCCCGUUUUCCAUUUUUCCCUUAAAACGUCCUCCACGGCUCCGCGUCCUUCUGAUUUACAUAUGCAAAUGACCUUUCUGUGUCAUCCGGCUGCACUGUCUAUUGGAGAGAAGAUGGUACAAAUAAAACUCUUGCUAAAUGGU